UCUCGAGUGUCAGUCAGUCAAUCAAUUCCUCACCAUGCACUUCUCUGCUGCCACCACCGCCGCGACGCUGCUCGCUUCGGCGCUGCCCGUCUCCACCGCGGCCGAGACCGUGCUGGGCGCAUACAUCUUCCACCGGCACGGCGACCGGACGCCCAAGGCACUGAAGCCGGCCAACCUGACCGACCUGGGCUACGCGCAGGUGCACUCGAGCGGGCAGUACUGGCGCAACCGCUACGUCGCCUCGGACGCCGACUACAAGAUCAGCGGCCUCAACACGGACAUUGUCAAGCAGGCGCAGAUCACGGCCGUCGCGCCCGACGACGAUGUCCUCCAAAACUCGGCCUUGGGCUUCUUGCAGGGCUUGUACCCGCCUGUCGGCAGCUCCCUGUCCUCGCAGACCCUGCGCAACGGAUCCAAUGUCACGGCCCCGCUCAACGGCUACCAGCUGAUCCCCGUCGGCAAGACGAGCACUGGCAGCGGCAGCGAGGAUGCUUCCUGGCUCCAGGAUACCUCGGCGUGCCAGAAGGCCGAGACCAGCUCCAACAACUACUUCAAGUCUGCGGAGUACCAGAGCCUGCUCGACAGCACCAAGGACUUCUACCAGACGCUGAUGCCCGUCGUCAAUGGCACGUUUGACUCGGACUACGUCAGCUUCAAGAACGCCUAUGUCGUCUGGGACCUGAUUAACGUCGCCGAGAUCCACAACACGACCAUCAACUCCUCGGACAUCCUCACCAACGCCACCCUAACCCAAGUGCGCACGCUCGCGGACACGCACGAAUGGGGCCUGGCCUACAACAGCAGCGACACGAUCCGGGGGAUGGCGGGCAUGCAACUGGCCGGCGAGAUCCUUUCGGGGCUGAACACGACGAUCGCGGGCCGGGGCGCCAGCAAGCUAAACGUGCAAUUCGGGUCCUACGGCACCUUCAUGUCGUUCUUCGGGCUGAUGGGCCUGCAAGACACGAACGCGGACUUCUACGGCGUGGCCGACUACGCCAGCGCCAUGAGCUUCGAGCUGUACACCAACAGCAGCGGCGCGGACGGCUCGGCCUUCCCGUCCAGCGAAGAGGACAUCUACGUCCGCUUCUUGUUCCACAACGGCACGGCUAGCGCCGCCAGCCCCGCCGUCCAGUACCCCAUCUUCGGCAAGAGCGACGGCCUCUCUUGGCCCGCGUUCAACAAGGAAAUGAACAAGUUCGCCGUCAGCUCCACCGACAAGUGGUGCGAGGUCUGCGGCAACACGGCCGGGUCCUGCGCCGCCACGGCGUCAGGGAGCUCGGCGUCCGCCCAGGCUAAGAAGUCUGACAACGGCAUCUCGAGGCCUGUCGCUGGUGUUAUUGGCGCUAUGGUCACCCUGGCUGUCAUCUUGGGUCUUGAGGCCUUGUUCAUGCUGCUCGGUGGGUUCAGGCUCGCGAAGAAGGGAUCGAAGUCGGCGGCUGGUGUGCCCGGCGAGAGUGUGGAGCCUAAGACUGCGGCUUAAGUGUAAAAGAGGAGGUUUUGAGGUUGAUGUUACUUGCUUAUGGCUGGGUUUUUAUGGGUACCAGUGGUUGGGGUAACGCUUACGUGAUAUGAAAUAAUAUGUCCUUACUACGAGUAUGUUUUUCUGAAUUCUUUAGUUUGUGCAAGUGCUGUUUCUUCUAUGGUCGUGCAGGCUUGAGCUUCUGUGUUGCGUUUGGUUUGCUUGCUGUGAUACUGUCAUGGGCGGUUUGUCCUUUGCGCGUGCUGCGCUGGACGUGUUAGGGCAGAGAGCACGGCGCUGCACCACUGGAUAAUGAGCAAUCACGAGAAGCAAAGGUUCAGUUAGCUGGGUCAUGAAGUGUUUCAAUUUGUUUCUCUCGGACGUCAGACUAUCAAGGGGUUGUGUUUGUCCCAAUUCAUACUCUCGUCUGUUGUCUCCGACCAAAGAAGCUCCAAUCUUUCAAGU